AUGAGCCCACAGGGUGGGCCAAGCCCGCCUCGGAUCCCGCCCGCUCCGACCCCAAAGCCCCUGGCGGAGCGGAACCGCGGUGUCCCCACUCACCCGCUCCCGGAGCGGCGGGGGCGGCCUGCCCGCGCCUCGGCCUGCGCUCUGCGCCCGGAUGCAGGUGCCGGAGCCCGGCGAAGCGCCGGGCGGGAGCAGCGGGAAGCCGCCAGGGAUGGCGCCGAGCUGGCGCGGGGACAGGACCGCGGAGGCACCGGCGCGAAGCCGGGACGCGCUGUGCAGCGGGUGGGAUUCCGGCUGGCCCUGCGCUCACGUGGGUGCGGGGGCGCGGGGCGGCCGGGGGAGGGGGCGGGAUCCCCUCCGGGAUGCCCCCCGCCUCCCCCGCGCCGAGCCCAGGCUCAGCCGCAGCGCGGGAGGAAGGGCAAGGCGCGGGUGGGGAGGGAGGGGGAUCCUGGGCUGGGCGAGGUGGGUGGCCUCUCCCGCGUCCCGCCCCCGCCCCCGCCUCGGAGCCGCGCCUCCGAGCCCCAGCCUCCCGCGCCUCCCCCCUUCCCCCCCCACGCCCCGCGACCAGGCCCGAAAGUCCCGGGAGAGCUGCGGGACCCGCCCGGGUACCGCUGGGCCCGGACCCGCAUCCCCGGAGGAGGUCUGGGCCAGACGCGGGGGCGACCCUCCAGGUGCCCCGGCCGCCACGUGGGCUCCGUGGCCCCGCUUCUCCCUUCGGGCACACAGCCGGGCCUUGGCCUCUUGGCCGCUGUGUGCCCUUGA